AUGACAAUAGCCUUCACGCUAGAGGCGCAGGUGGCGGAGGCCCGCGCGACCAAUAAACGACGGCGGCCACUGCGAUGUGACAGCAACGAGGACGACACGUGUCCCGCCAGUCGGCACUUCGAACCGCGUCUGAAUGCGCUGGUUGACUGCGGCAGCUUCCAGGCCCGCGUUCCUGGGACCUUCUGCGUCAAAAUUUACCAAGAAAGCACGGGAUGGUUCGGGUGGAUCAAAAUCACUCGCCGGUGCGCCGCACGAACUGACUACGGAGUGGCGAAAGGAUGUCGCUAUUGGUUUGACGAUCAGGGUGUGUAUCAUGAGGUCUGCUAUUGCCAGGAUCGAGACGGCUGCAAUGCCGCAGUUCGAAUUAAGGAUUGGGCGCUAGCAUUUUGCCUCAUUGUCGUCAUUCGGAUUCUGCUCCCCUUGUAG